UCCAAUUACAAUCGAGGAAGGGAGCAACAGACAUUUUGGUAACCUAAGUACAGACGAUUGUCGCAUUUGAAUGUUGUUAAGCUUCAACAGAAAAUAAAUACGGCUUAAUAAAUGUGUCCGCCGGUCGGGUAACGUUCACUCCGACGUUAGUGUACACAGCAGUGAGGUAAACACAAUGAUUUUUUCAAAGACAAACGUCGGUGUCACUCUUACCAGGAAGCGCACAUGAAGUGUUUAGAGUGUCAGAAUCAUACGAUCAUGCUGCCGUCAGUGUUCUGUGGGAUGAGGAGAGCUGCUGUCCACAAUCUGAGGCCAAGAAGAACUCCAGCUUGCAGAUUAGUGUCCACCUGUGGCGGAGUCCCUGUUGCACUGGCCGACGCUGAGAGCAUUUUUGCAUUAUCGUCGGGCCAUGGCAGGUGUGGAGUGGCUGUGGUGCGAGCCAGUGGUCCCGCCUCAGCCACGGCUCUGAGGUGUAUGACCGGGCUCCGUUGCAACCUGCCCCCUCCACGCAAGGCCCUGUUACGCAGCAUCACAGACCCUCGAUCCAAAGAAGUGCUGGACCGUGGACUUGUCCUCUGGUUCCCAGCGCCCCACAGUUUCACAGGAGAGGACAGUGUGGAGUUCCACAUCCACGGCGGUCCGGCUGUCAUCACUGCUGUCCUACACGCGCUAGGAAGCGUGCCUGGCAUGAGGCCUGCUGAAGCUGGAGAGUUCACACGGAGGGCCUUCCAAGCGGGGAAGCUGGGUUUAACGGAGGUGGAGGGGCUGGGGGAUCUGAUCCAUGCUGAGACGGAGGCUCAGAGGAGACAGGCGCUCAGGCAGAUGUCGGGAGAGCUGGGACGCCUUUAUCGGGACUGGACCCACAAAGUGAAACGGUGUCUGGCUCAUGUUGAGGCCUUCAUAGACUUCAGUGAGGAUGAGCUCAUUGAGGACGGGGUCUUGGACAAAGUGGACAAAUGGGUGCGCGAUCUGCAAGCAGAGAUGGAGCGUCACCUACAGGAUGAGAGGAGGGGCGAGCGGCUGCGCAGCGGAGUGCAGGUUGUCAUCGCAGGAGCCACCAAUGCGGGGAAAAGUAGCCUGCUUAACACACUCUGCCAGAGGCCUGCGGCCAUUGUGUCUCCCAUUGCUGGCACCACCAGGGACGUAGUAGAGACGGCGCUGGACAUCGGUGGAUUCCCGGUCCUGUUGAGUGACACAGCCGGCCUCAGAGAGAGCCUGGACCUGGUGGAGAGAGAGGGCGUCCGCCGCGCCCGCCAGAGAGUGGAGCAGGCAGAUCUGACCUUGGUGGUUGUGGACUGUACUCAUCUACCUUCUGAUGCAAAACAAAUUGCAACCUUCCUACAAGGGCACCUCAGCAGUGUCCUGCCCGCUCAGGAGCAGCCGGAGACUGUAUUCCCUGAGGACAGGUUUCUUUUGGUGCUUAAUAAAACAGACCUGUUGCCUGAGGGAAAAAGGCUGAAGCUGGACAGCGAGCUGAGCUCGGUGUCGGGACUCCCUCCUGUAUGUCAGAUUUCUUGCAACACUAACGAGGGACUUGAGGACUUCCUCGCGGCGCUUCACAACAGUGUCAAGACUCUGUGUGGCAACCCUCUGUCCUGUGCUCCCACCCUGACCCAGGCCCGCCACAGGGCCCACCUGCAGCAGUGUUUUGCAGCCCUGGCUCAGUACCAGCGAUACCGUGACAUUGACCUCGCUCUGGCAGCCGAGGGCGUCCGGUUGGCUCUCGUGAGUCUGGGCCGUAUCACUGGACGUGUCGGGGCAGAGGAGAUCCUGGAUAUCAUCUUCAAAGACUUUUGCAUUGGAAAAUAGUCAGUUGAGUUCUAGCAAAAACAUGAAAUGUAUUUCAUAUUGUUCUGUUUGCCUGCUCACAGAGGAAAGCUGCGUUCUUGUCUGAUCCCAGAGUAUCGGUAAAGAAAGGGAACUGCCCCAUCGUUAUGUCUCAUUUUGAGAUCCUACAAAAGACAAAAGGGGAAAAGGUAUGUUCUCUGCUGCAGGGUCACUCUGACCCAAGACACCGAAAUCUUUCUCCCGUUGAUGCUGCAAACCGGACUGAAAUAGUUCUCACAAGAUGACAAGUGCCUCAGAGGCCUCAUGUGCUCGACAAGAGUUUUGCAAGUCUGGAGGGUUAAUUUAAAAAUAGCUUCUUAAAGUCUUUGUUAGUUGGACAUUGGACUCUUGGGUCCCAACAAAACUGCCGAUUUAAAGCAAAGCCAGCUGCAGACCUCUGCAAGGUCAAGUUUUGGAUGAUGACUCGUACUGAAGGACAAUGAAGAUUUAUUUGGGAGCUGAUAUCAUUUGCGUGCGUGCGUGCGUGCGUGUGUGUGUGUCCUUUGAGUUUUUACUUGUCAUUAAGUUUUUGAAGAUUCAUCAUGUUGUUUCUGUAAUUAAAAGUAAUCCAUUUUCAUGAUGUUCUGUAGCACAUUUUAUGCUUCAUCACAUGAUGUGAAGUAUCAAGGUACCUGUAUUUAAAAGAUUGAAUUGGUACAGUCUAAAAUCUUUGUUUGAAGUACAUCUCUAGCCAUAAAGCAGGUAAGAUAAAUCUACAACAUUAGUACGGAGGGAAAACCAGAGUUUACCAGCUUCCCUCCUGCUCUGUGGGAAAGGGACAGUAUUUGGAGGCAAUGACUGUGCCCUUUGUUCUCUUGUCAAUCUGGCCUCGAUCAAAUAUUUAUGUUCCCUCGUUGACCUCCUCACCCUUCUUCCCCAGUCGGUUUCUUCUCGCCCAGUCGCUGACGACAGUCGCCCUGCUGUACACCAGCAUAACUCCCCGUCUCUAUCUUUUUGUCUCUCUGCUAGCCGACCUUUCCUCUUUCCGCGCUGCUCCGUCAGCCCUUUUUUUUUGUUGUCCUCUUUCAUGUUCCACCUGAUUAAUGACACGGGCGAAGUUAAAGCUAAAUCGUGACUUGCUGUUGUACAAACAGUGGCAGCUCAUUCUGGAGCUCGAUCCUUCUUUGAAGUGGUGUCUGCAAGUGAUAUGUUAUGCCGUUCUGUGUUUUGCUUGUUGGUGUAUGGAUUAAUACUAUAUAUUUAUAUAUUUUACUUUCUAUCAGUUUCCUGUAGUUGUCAUGAAUGACUGCCCUGAGAUGGUACAGUUGCACUCUGUAACUACUGGACUAGAUGUUGGAGUGUGUGUGUGCGGAUUGUAAACACUUCAUGUUAAACAAAGGAUUUCCUGUGGACAGGAGGCAGACUGUCUUACCUGUAAGUCUCUUCUAGUAUUUUUAAAGCAUAGGAACAUUUGUCUCAAUAAACACACAUCAUAUUUCCAACCUUUUUUGAUACGUUAACUUCCAAGGUGUAUUAAAGAAAAUGUAUUUGUACAUAACCUCCAAUGUAUCAUGAAGUAAGUAUUCAAAUUUGAAAGUGUUAUAAAUUAAACAUUUCCAUGAGUU